AUGGCUGGCAAAGUUGAUAUUGAAGGGAUCUUGAAGACCCUCACCCUCGAGGAGAAGAUCUCCAUCCUCGCGGGGAGGAACAUGUGGGAGACUGUCCCUAUUCCAUCAAAGGGCGUCCCCUCAGUCAAGGUCUCUGACGGCCCCAACGGCGCUCGUGGUGCCGACUUCACCGGUGGCAAGUCGUCCGCCUGCUUCCCGGCCGCCUGCAGCGUGGCCGCCGCCUUCGACGAGGACAUCGCGCACCGCAUCGGCCAGGCCCUCGCCGAGGAGACGCACAGCAAGGGCGCCCGCUGCCUGCUGGGCCCCACCACCUGCAUGCACCGCGACCCCCGCGGCGGCCGCAACUUUGAGAGCUUCAGCGAGGACCCCUUGCUGGCCGGCAAGCUCGCCGCCAGCGUCAUCCGCGGCCUGCAGUCGCGCGGCGUCUCCGGCACCAUCAAGCACUUUGCGGCCAACGAGCAGGAGACGGACCGCAUGACCGUCCGCGAGACCAUUCCCGAGCGCGCCCUCCGCGAGAUCUAUCUCCGCCCCUUCGAGAUCGCGAUCAAGGAGUCCAAGCCCUGGGCUGUCAUGACGGCAUACAACGUCGUCAAUGGCUUCCACUGCGACGAGAGCAAGUUCCUGCUCGAGCAGGUCCUCCGGGGCGAGUGGGGCUGGGACGGUCUGGUGAUGAGCGACUGGGGAGGCACCAACUCGGUCGACGGCUCGAUCAAUGCCGGUCUCGACCUUGAGAUGCCCGGCCCUGCUCGUGUCCGCAAGAUUGACGCUGUUGUAGCUGACGUCAAAGCUGGAAAGAUUCAGGAGAGCACAAUUGACGAGCGGGCGCGUCGUGUCUUGCAGUUCAUCGAGAGGCUCAAGGCCUUCGAGGACGACACCAUUCCCGAGGAGCAGGCGAUCGAUAAGCCUGAGCACCGGGCUCUCAUCCGGGAAGCUGGCGGUCGCGGUAUCGUCCUGCUCAAGAACGAGAAGAACCUACUCCCUCUCCCCAAGGACAAGCUGAAGGGCAAGAAGGUCGCUCUGAUCGGCUACGCAAAGGAGGGCCAGGCCCACGGCGGUGGUAGUGCCGCUGUGAACGCCCACUACAAGAAGUCCCCAUGGGACGCCCUGCACGAGUACUACGGCGACUCGGUCGAGUUUACCUAUGCCAAGGGAGCCCACACUCUUCGCAUGCUCCCCGGUAUGAAGGACAAUGUUGUCGGUCUCGAUGGCAAGCCUGGAUGGACCCUGAACUUCUAUCCUCAAGGCAGCUCUACCCCGAACGAGGUCAAGCACCAGUUCCCCGCUGCCAGCUCAUCACCCAUCGGAUCUGACGCAAGUAAGAAAUGGACUACUAUGGAGCUGAUUGGAGACUUCACCCCUACCGAGACCGGCGAGCACUACUACGCCGCUUCUGGCCUCGGCCCUACCCAGAUUUUCAUCAACGACGAGAAGGUGUGGGAGCAGACCAGCCUAAUCAGCGACCCUAUGGGCUUCCUCUUCAUGUCCGUCCACGAGGAGGAGCACAGGUACUCCUUCAAGGCCGGCACCACCUACCGCAUCCGCAUCCGCAGCGAGCCGCCCGCCAGCGUCCCCGGACUCGAGAUCCUCGACGGCCGGACCGGCGUCCGCAUGGGCUUCCAGGUCGCUUCCGAGCACGACGAGGAGCUCACCAGCGAGGCCGUCCAGCGCGCCAAGGAGGCCGACUACGCCAUCGUCUUCACGGGCCACACGCCCGAGUGGGAGUCCGAAGGCCAGGACCAGCUCUCCUUCAACCUGCCCCGCAACGGCAGCCAGGACGCCCUCAUCGCCGCCGUCGCCGCGGCCAACUCCAACACCGUCGUCGUCAACGCCACGGGCGUCGCCGUCGCCAUGCCCUGGCUCGACCAGAUCGGCGGCCUGCUGCAGACGUGGUACCCGGGCCAGGAGUGCGGCAACGCCAUCGUUGACGUGCUCUCCGGCGCCGUCAACCCCGAGGGCCGCCUGCCCUGCUCCUUCCCCAAGAGCAUCGAGGACUCGCCCGCGUGGGGCAACUUCCCGGGCGAGAAGGUCGACGGCAUCCUCAACGUCACCUACGAGGAGGGCGUCUUCAUCGGCUACCGGCACUACGACCGCAUCGCCAGGGACAGGCUCAACUUCCCCUUCGGCUACGGCCUGUCGUACACCUCAUUCGAGACGUCCGGGCUCAAGGCCGCCAGGAAGUCGGACGACAGCUUUGCGGCCAGCGUCACGGUCAAGAACACGGGCGGCGCCGCCGGCGGCUCGCUCGUGCAGCUGUACGCCGGCCGGGUGGACAAGUCCGAGGACCACCCCGUCAAGUCGCUGGUCGCGUUCAAGAAGGUGCGCCUGCAGCCGGGCGAGUCCGCCACUGUCGAGCUCGCCGUCACGACGCGGGACCUGGGCUUCUUCGACGAGAAGGCCAAGAAGUGGGUCGUCCCGGCGGGCAAGUACGAGCUCAUUUCUGCCAACUCGGCUGCCGACGUUGUCGAGACGGUGCAGGUCACUGUCGAGAAGGAGCUGGUAUAUGCUCCUUAG